ACACGCCUCGGGUACGCAGAAGUCUCUUUUGUUCGAUGAAAUGCGCGGAGGUCUGUCUGCCGAGAAUUCUCAUCGUCAUCUGUCUCAUCGUGCAACUCACAUUUGCAACUGUGCGAAAGAAGAUCAAAAGAGGCCAGAGUAAAGUUCUCGGUAAAGACCGUCCACUCGAGAUGUUCCGAAAUUGCACGCCGGUUGUGUUACUUUUGAUAUACUGCCUCGCGCUUUGCACUCACGUCGACGCCUGGAACAAUCGCGGCAGACACCGAGUCGCGGACAGAAGACGGCUGUGGCAGACGAACGAUAGCGACUUCGUCGCGAUCUCGCCGCGAGACACGGCCAAGCACAGGUGGGAGUCGCCGAAAUUCCCAACCGAUAAUCGGACUCAAGUCGCCAGGCAGAAAAGACUCUUCUCGUUGUUCACGCUGGUGAGGUUUGACAAUGGCAUAUGCGGCGGGUCAAACGGAGAGAACGGCACGUGCGUCGCAGCGGCGGAAUGCGCCCAACGUGGCGGCGUUUCGAGCGGCGUCUGUGCGAACGGAUACGGAGUUUGCUGUAUAGUCACGAUGUCCUGCGGCGCGAUGAUCAGUGACAACAACACGUAUUUCGUCAAUCCAAACUAUCCGUCUACUUACGACGGUAUGGACUCCUGUCAGAUCACGUUGGUAAAGUCGCAUCCGGACGUGUGCCAGUAUCGAUUGGAUUUCUCGCAAUUCAAUAUCAUGGGGCCAGAGGCGACGAACAAUGUCUGCACUUACGACCAGUUCAUCGUUUCCGGCGGCAAUCCGGUGCCAACGAUAUGCGGUAAUAAUAACGGCAAUCACAUGUACAUAGACACGGGCGUCGGGCAAACAAAUCCGGUUACUCUGACAUUCGUCACGAGUGGCAGCUCGUUUCCACGAUCGUGGAAAGUUCGCAUCUCGCAGAUACGAUGCAGCACGAUUUACCGCGCUGAGGAGGGUUGCCUGCAGUACUUCACCGGAGUUUCCGGCCAGAUAAAAUCUUUCAACUACGAUCCCACGAGCGGAUUGCAAUUGUCGAAUCAGGACUACAGCAUAUGCAUUCGGAUGGAGAGGAACUUCUGCGGGAUCCAGUACAUGGCGUGUACCGAUGACAGUAAGUUGAAAAGAAACAUAACCCAAUUAUUCGAAAGAUUUUAUUCGUUCUGUAUUUUCAACGAGAUUUAUCCGUUCGUAGCAACUCAAAUGACGAUGCCCGCCGGUGCAACAAUAGCGGGGCAGAUUAUGCGUAGCAACGCUUUUACAUUGACUGGGAACACGCAGGCUACGCAGAUCGCGUCGAUGACGGGUAUAUCUUGCCUGACCGAUUGGCUGGCGAUUCCGUGUGCCAUUAAUUCGGGCAGAAUGCCCACAGUACCGUUGAUAUGCUCCGAUCGGCUGUGCGGAGGUACCUUCAAUGCGGAUACCCAGAAUUUAAACAGCUCCUCUGUCAUCAGUACCGUCAAGCCGUUUCGAUUAAUCUUUCACACAGACAACACCGAGGCGCCCGGCGACGUCGGGAACAGAGGCUUUUGUCUCAACUAUGUGCAACAACCCUGCACGACGAAAUUAAGAUGAAGAUGAACAUCGCUUGUACGGGGCGCGUACUCACACAUAUACGUUUGGCGCAAUGAAGGAACGAAAACGUAAGUUUGCAGAAUCGCAGAACUUUUAUUUCGAAACUUUUUAACACUCACACACACACAUUUUUAUUCUUUACUACGUUGACAUACGAAGAUUUCGCUUUAAAAAACGACUGAUUGUUUAGUUUUAUGAAAACGUGCUGUCGCGUACAAAUCGCAAGGUACCAACAUGCGUAUCUUUAUGGAAAACAAAAGAAAGGAGAAACAGAGAAACGUUCCAUUAGAUGUAUUGCAUCACGCAUAUACUCGCGUGUAGAGCAAAGAGCAAUCGCAUGUGGUCGCGGGAUUACUACAAAAUCGAGCUAGACCGGAAGAAAAAAUAUGUUUUUUCUCGGAUUCUCAACAAAUAUUGUGUAAUUAUAACGGAACUGAUUAUACACACACACACACACACACACACACACACACACACACACACACACACACACACACACACACACACACACACACACACACACACAAAGUAUAACAGUCAAUAAAGUAUCAAGAACGAUAAAGGGACGAUAAAUUACGUCGUAGAUUAUUAUCGUGCUAUCGUAAUUGUUUAGUCAAUUAACUGUACAGAAUAAUAGUAACGGUAGAAUAUUAAGAUUAAAA